ACUUCGGGUACCGAUCCAUCGUCAGUUCAGUCAUCGUCGCCGAUCGUCGAACAUUUUUUCACCAAACAUUUCAACCGCUCCAUCAUCGGUACAACCGCAACGACGACUUUUGCGCCGGCAGCAUGAAGACGUUUUUAUUUAUUGCAUUUGUCGCUUUUGUGGCGGCUCAUCCUCAAAGUUAUGAUUCAGAAACUUCUUCUGGUUAUGGAUCUCCAACCACACCAUCGUCUCUUUCUUCGCCUUACCAAGGAAACCUUGGUUACCAAAAACCUGGUUUAGAUGUUUCAGCUUAUUCAUCCGGUGCACCGGCUGGAUAUCAAGGAAGUGGAGCUGCUGGAUAUCAAUCUACUUCUGGAUCGUACCAACAAUCAACUCCAACUCCUGCAUACAAAACUAAUGCAUUCUCUGGUUACCAAUCUGGAGCAGGAUCAGGUGCGCAGUCCGGUUAUCAAUCUGGUGCCGCUGCUUAUCAGUCUACUCCAGCAAGUUCACAAUACUCCAAAGUUCCACUUUCUGGUUACCAGUCUGGUGCUGGAUCAUACCAACCAGCUUCGUCUCCUCAACUGUACUCUCAAGUUGGACAAGCUGGUUACCAGUCUGGUGUUUCUUCUUACCAACCCGGUGCAGCUAUCCCUUCUUACCAAUCAACUCCAGCUACGCUAAACACAAAGGCCAAUUACCAAUCUACAUCUUACAGUUCUAAGUCGUCUGCUGCCCCUGUUUAUCAACAAACUGCAUCAACACCACAAUACCAACCGCAAGGCUCUCCGUCGUCCUAUGGACAACGUUCCCGCCCGAAACCUAUUUCUUCUACAGUGUAUCAAAAACCUGGAUCUGAAUAUGAAACUUCUAAAGACUCUAGCUCUGCCGAUGAUUACAGCCCAGCAAACAAUGCGUUCAGCGCUUUCGCCCCAGGCAAUAUUGCUGGACCCGUAGAAGUUACCCCUAUUCUGUCACAGUCCAACCAACCAAAUCUUGGUGAUGGUUCUUAUUCAUACAGUUACGAGACUGGCAACGGUAUUUCGGCUUCAGAAUACGGUCAACUUAAACCAGGUGGUCCAGAAGGAAUCCAAACAGUUUAUGGAUCAUUCAGUUACCCGGGAGAAGAUGGAAAGCUUAUCACUGUGACUUACACCGCCGAUGAAAAUGGAUUCGUUCCCAAAGGUAGCCAUCUCCCGACACCACCACCAAUUCCAGCUGAAAUCCUUCAGUCACUAGAACAGAAUGCUGCAGAAGAAGCCGCACAACAAGCAUACCAACAGCAACAGGCAGCUUAUGGACAAAACGGUCCUUCAACUUCAAAUGGACAAGAAUCAGGUGUCUAUGGUCAGUCAUCUACCGCUGGAUCCUAUGCACAGACUUCUGCUCCGGGAUCUUAUGGACAGACGUCUGCUUCUGGAUCCUACGGACAGACGUCUGCUCCUGGAUCUUAUGGACAGACCUCUGCCCCUGGAUCUUUCGGACAGACUUCUGCUCCAGGAUCUUACGGACAGACCUCUGUUUCUAGUUCAUACGGAAAAUCCUCUACUUCUGCACCGAAACCAUCGAACUAUCAAAAACCACAGGGAUCUUUCGGAUACGGAGGUGAAACCAACGAAAAGUCUGCCAGGGCCUACGGUCAAGCAUCCGGUGCACCGUCAUACGGACAAGCUCCAGCUGCAAAUCCUUCGUACAAAUCGCAACAAGGUUACCAGGGCCCAAACGCUUCGGCUUACAAAAAGUCCCCUAGCGCUUCAAGCUAUUAGAAGCAGUUACCGUUCUAAUAAUUUAAAUUUUAAUAAUUUAUAAUAAUAUUUUGAUCCAGUUUGUAUUGUCGCAAUGAAAUAUAAAUAUAUUUUUUUAUAAAAAACGCCUUGUAUAUAUAACACACAAUCUACGCGUCCGUCUUUCUUUUUAUACGCAUAUACCCGUGUAUCUGUAAAUCAUUUAUAAUCCGUAUCAUUAUUCGUUCUUAUUCGAUACCAUAUUGAUCCUAUUGCACCUUUGCUUAUGUAAUCGUGUAUAAAUUAACUCGAGUACCAAAUCAUCUACGGCCGUGAGCACACCUGUAUUAAGUAGAAAAAAAGAUGUGUCGUCCAUGACAAUCCCAAGACAUAGGAUGAUAAUCAUUAUUUCGUAUUUCGGUCGCGCGUUCAAAUCGUCUGAUGUAUGUAUUGCUCUCAUAACACAAAUAUUAUGUAAAUUACGAUACUAAUUUCUACUCCGUUAUUGACCGACUAAAUGAAGCGUUAUGUAUUGUAAACGCAUAGAACAUAAUUUAAUAUAAUUCAUUGUAUCAGUUUUAUUUGUAAUUCAAUUCGAAUUGCGUGUAAAGUUUACACUGUAAAUAAUGUUAUAUAGGUGACAUUGUUUUUUUUUUAA